CUCUUCACUAUUGAAAAAUUAGAACAGCUAGCUAGUAGCUAGCACUUCUAUUUGGCAACGCGAACGUAAAGUGAAAUAGCCGUAGCAUCUUUGUGGACAACCAAAUUAAUUUACUAGCACUUGUUGGCUACACCCCUGGCUGUGUGUAAUGUUUUUUUGUUUACUCAGAUCAAGUAUUCCUCUCAAGACUUUCGGAUCAGUUCUCAGGUCAAGUCCCGUGCUGUUUGCAUCCCAAACCCGAGCCAUGAGCCAGUCCCUCCGUCCUAUCGUCAUCAGCGGGCCCUCCGGCAGCGGAAAGAGCACCCUGCUCAACAAACUGUUUGCUGAGUACCCGGGGUGCUUUGCCUUCAGCGUCUCACAUACUACAAGAAACCCCAGAGCUGGAGAGGAAAAUGGUGUGGCUUACCAUUUUGUCACCAGGGAGGAUUUCCAGAAUUUGAUUGCUCAAAAUGGAUUUCUAGAACACGCUCAGUUCUCAGGAAAUCUGUAUGGCACCAGCAAGAAGUCUGUGAAUGACAUUGGCAGCUCAGGUCAGCUUUGUGUGCUGGAUGUGGAGAUCAAUGGGGUGAAGAGCAUCAAGAAUUCUGACAUGCAGCCUAGGCCCAGGUUCAUUUUUGUCAAACCACCAGGCUUAGAGGAGCUGAAAAAGAGACUUCAGGGCCGAGGCACAGAGACAGAGGAAAGCUUACAGAAGAGACUGGACUCUGUGAAAGAAGCUAUUGACUAUGCUGAGGAAUCUGGAGCCUAUGAUCACAUUGUAGUGAAUGAUGAUCUCGAAAUUGCAUAUGAACACCUGAAGGGAAUUUUGAUAGAGGACAUCACCAAACUUCAGACAAGCAAGCUGAAGAAGGGCGAGUGAUCAGACUUCAGUCCUCAAGUUUCUUUUGUUUUUAUUGUUAGAAGGCAAGGGCAGAUCAAGCAAUGAAUUAACACUUUGCAAGGCAGGCCUUGUUCUUAUACACGCAUAGACUUUAUAGAUUAAAGAACAACAUCCCAGCAUCGAUAUUAGCCCCUAAAUUUUAUUUUUUAUUGCCAUUUAUUUAGAGGUUGCAUUAUAUUUUGGUACAAAAAAAUUAUAUGACACGCUAAUCUGUCCUUUACUUUAACUUAUAAUAUACUUUUAUAGUCAAACCUAUCCAAGAGGACCACUCACUGUUGUGGAGGAAAAUUUUAAUCAGACAGGUGUUCUGCUAGGACAGUGUGUUACUAGUGUUAAGGGGGGGAAAACGCAAGGGGGGAAGGGGUAGUUGUUUGAACAUGGGGUCCUCUUGGACAGGUAGUCGUUAGAGCAGGUUCGGCUCUGGUGGUUGCUGGGGUAUUUGAUUGAGAGCAUCUUGGUCAACAGUGGAAGGUCUGUUCAAAAGAGAGCUGAAAUGCUUGGUCCAGCGCUUGAGGAGCCCUUCUUGGUUCUUGAUCAGGAUUUUGCCAUCCGAGGACAAGGGAGAACAUCCUGAGGUUAUUGGGCCGUAUAUGAUUUUCAGAGAGCUGAAGAACAUCUUGGAGUUGUGGGCAUCAGCAUAGAGUUGAAAUUGUUCAGCCUUACUGUUCCACCAUAAAUCUGUCAUCUCACGUAGAUCUUUCUGGGCUCUAGUUUGAAGGGACUGAAAUCCACGGACCAAGUAUAGCAGUGGCGGUUUCACUGACAGCUGUUUUGAAGGAAGUCCAUUUUUCAGAUAAGUCACCUAUAGGAAUGGAAUCUUCGCUCAAUUUCUUUUCGAGAGCUUCUUCGACCUUGUUUCUGUAGAAUUCGUUUUCAAGCUUUGUUGUGUUGUAGGAGACUCUGGGGUCCUUUGGCUUUUUUUAGUGAAGUGGCUGGAUGUGCAUGUCCAUAAUAGUUUUCACUAAUCGAUGGUCUGUCCAGCAGUUGGCCCCUCUCAUGGCUCUGGUAAGGGGACAUCCUUUCUGUCUCUCUGGCGUACAAUGACGUAAUAGAUCAUGUGCCAAUGUUUCGACCUGGGAUGCAUCCUAGUAGUCUUGAUUUUUCAGCCAUUCUGAAAAGGGUGUUUAUGAUGCACAGACCAAGUUCAGCGCACAUGCUGAGGAGGGGGAGACCAUUUUCGUUGACUCUUCCCACUCCAUGAGGCCCUAGAACACUCUCCCAGCUGUUGUUAUCUUUUCCCACACUGGCACUAUAUAUAUAUGUAUAUUAUGUGUAAUGCAGCUUUACAUUGCAGUGUAUACUUUCACCAGUAGCUGCUAUUUGCUUGUGAAACAUUUACAUUAUAUAAUUUGUGUCUGUUUAUGGUAUCUAUAAAUUAUAUUGCAGGGGGUUUUUUUUGUUUGGGUUUGUUUUGUUUUUGUUUGGGUUUUUUUGGGGGGCGGGGUGAAUUAAUUUGAAUACUUUGAGAGACCUGGGUGAUUAUAAUCAUUUGUUUCAUGUAUUGUUGCUACAGCUGCUUUUGUGGGUAUCUUUUUUUUUUCUUUUAAUGGGUUGUCUUAUUUUGAGGAAAUAAGAGCAAAAGUGAUUGACAGCGAUGAAUCAGAUGUGAUGAAUUUCUCAUUCCUUCUUCUUUUAUUGUUCCAGACAGGCAUACGUUUUUCUUUAUCCCAAACUGUCUGAUUUCUGUAAAAAUGUUGACAUCACAGACAAAAUGAAGCCAACUAAAGAUAAAAGGAAAGUGGUUGUUUUGGGGUUUUUUUCUAAACUGCGUUCUUCAGAAUAAUAUUUGAUAGGACCAAAGCAGUUACCUACUGCACAAUAGUUCUUUAUUUUAGUGAUAGUUUGUACAUGUUGAAUUACUACCGCAACAAAUAAUGUAAUUGAUUGGUUAUUGUCAAGACAUUCUUGUGCGUUUUCAUUUUCAGCUACGUCCCAUAUAUAUAUUAUUGGGGGUUUUGCUCUUUGUACAAUAAUGGACACAAUUAUUUGUAAUUCCUUCAUUCUGUAUUGUUACAUUUUGAAAACUCAGUCUUUACAUUCUUUCAUAGUAGCCAAGAAACAAACAGUGCCAUUUAAUGUUACCUAAUCAUGGCAGAAAUCUGUAAACUGUUCCUGUUCUAUGACAUAGUUACAUAUCAGUUUGAGGUUGUGCAGUCAGGUUACUUAGUGAAGCUUACAGGGAAAUUUUUUUUAAGUGUUUAUGUAGGCCUAUUAUCUUUUCUAAUUGUGGUGGAUGCAUCUAAUCUGUACUUGUAAUAAGGUGCCCUAUUUACUACUUUGAUGCCAUGAUCAUUUACACAGUACAGAUGGCCAUGGUUCUAACUAGAGCUGUGCCCAUUCGAUUUCACUAUUCGACAUUAAUGAUUUUUCCGCCAUUCACUGCUAUUCGAAGCCUGGCAGAGCCAUUCGAAUGCUGUGUGAUUUUUUUGCACUAUGCAUUUCUUCUGAUUUUCUCAGCCCGUAGUAAAAUUAAAGCAUUGUAAAAUUUCUAAAUACACUGAGGUAAAUUCAACGUAACUUUCAAGUUGAUGAUUACAGGACAGAGUGAUAAGAGGAGCCAGUAGGAAUUAUAAUACAUGCCUCUAAAAGGCACUUGUACUGCACUCAAUAGGCUGUCGCUUCGAAGCGCAGCUGGAGAUUUUGUGUACAUUGCAUAGCCUACUGAGCUCCCUUUGCACGAUUUGAAAUUCGAAGUACAAGGUGAUAUGGGUAACCACCACCAUUUUGAAGCGCAGCAAAUGUUUUUUUGUACGUUGGCAUACUUAGCUCCCUUGGCAUGAUCCAACAUUCGAAGCUUAAGGCUAAAUAUGCUACUAUCCUUGCGGAGCACUUAGUAAAUUUUCUACAAUUUCCCCGUUUCUGAACCUAUCGAACCUAAAAAUGUUCCUGAAAGCUCAUCAUGUCACUGUUGUAUACCACUGAUUGUUUUAGAGAUCUGGGGUUCACAUUUUUAAAUAUAUUCACUCACGAUAUUCGAAUAGCACGAACAGUGACAUCGCACUUCAAAGCUUCGAUGAUUGUUUAAAACUCAAAAUCGCACAGCAUUAGUUCUAACCCCAGUAUGAAAUUUUCAGUUUGAGUUGUGUGGAGAGUUUUCAUGGCUUUCCACCUUCUUGGCUAAAUCUUAUUGCGGAUGGAUUCUGGGAAUCUAAGGCCCACCUUUUAUGUGAUUUCAUACUCUUCAUUCAAAGUUGUUUUGGAACCAUUCCUAACUUUGCACUCUUUAGCCUACAGGUUUGUCAGAGGGCAAUUGUUGACAGAAGGUUUGAACCCCGAAACCGUAAAAGUAAAGUUGGUCCCACAUCCGAUCUGGACUUUGAGGGUUACUUUGUAAGUGAGACAACUUCCUGGGCCUUCGGCAUAUUGUGGUAGGAUGGCCAUUUCCUUUCUAAGCUGCCUUUACAUCCCCAACUCAAAGUCAGGUACCCAUUACUGCUGGGUGGGCAAGAGGGGGUGAAAAAAAUAUGUGUCCGAACAGAGGCUCGAACCCAGAAUUUCUGCUUCGGAGACAAGCGACGAAACAGUAGAAUGUGUAAAUAAGUAGCCCUGGUCAUACCAACUAGAUGGAAAGGUUUCCAAUCCAGGAGACCACAGGAGUCGUGCAUACGGUAUAUUUUGUUUUAUAUUUAAGUGUGUCAAACUAUGGGCAUUAGGUGACCAUCUUAACCAUCAUUCAGGCUGUAGGAGGGGAUUAUGUUUGCUGGAUAGCGAUAGAUGAUAAUGAUUAAAGUUUGUUGCUCUUGGUGUCUGUAUAAUCCCUCGUUUGUUUUGACUCAAAAUGAAUGAUGGACUGCAAUGUAAUGCUGUAGUAUACCGAUACUAUUUCUCAUGCCAAACUGAAACCUGUAUGAAAAUUUUGAUCUUUUUUUUAUCUGUUUAUAUAAAAUAUAAUCUUGAUCUGAAUACACCUUGUGUAUUCUGAAUUUUUUUUAGGUUGUCCUUGGGAUGUACUUUUUUAUUCUCAGCAUAUAUUAUCAUCUCGUCUUACUAGUGUUCACUUAGUUGAAGAUGGAAGAAAAUGAUGUAACCUUAUUAGACAUGUGAUUUUAUAGGUUUAAUUUUUUUUUUGAAGAAUUGUUUCUAGUGUUCAGGGUUUUUUUUUACUUUCUGGGACACACAUUUUGUUUAAAAGCAACAAUAUCAAAAAGCAAUAAAAUAUGAACCUCUCUCAUGAUCAGAUUCUACCCUUUGAUUUUGAACUUUAGUCCUUCUUGGGUUGUAGAUCUCGGAUAUUUAAUUUUUACAAGGGAAUUGAUCGUGAUAUUUUAAAAAAUUAGUCUGAAAAAAUAAAAUUAUAUGUUUGCUGUUCAUAAAACCAAUACUUUUGUAGUUUGAAGAUUGAAGUGCUUGAAACACAGCAAAUCUGACGUCUUCCAAGCCACUGAAUGAACUUCCAGAUUUUCUACUGAAAACUUCCCAGACAGAUUUUUCGUCUUGUUUCUGUGAUAUACUCACACUGCUAAUCUGUACUUUUCUCCAACGUGGAAUACCUGUUUUCACCAACAUCAUUUUAGAAAGCUCAAUCUCUCUACAGCCCUGGAAACAUUCUUCAUUCUUUUGUUGCCUCAGGGAUUCUUACCAUCAGUUCAAGAAUUUUUGUUUUUUUGUUUUCUCCCACAGGUCACAGAUUAGCCGUUUCAUUACUGUUGUAAAAUCAUAAAUCAUUGCAUUGACUGGAUCAGUAACACUUUUAUCCUUUUUCUCGGAAGAAAAUAAAUCACAAGCAGGAGAGAAUUACCUUCUUUUUUUUCUUCUAAUUUUUAUGAGAACCGAAUCUAUUCCAACAUGAAACAAAAUAUGUAAACUCCAGAGGACAAAGCUAGUUACUUGUUCUUUUUUUUAAAAUCUCAAAUCGCAUGUACUUAACUGACUUGUGCAGGUUCGAGUCUUCUUUGCUUCUGCCAUGUGUUUUUGGUUUCACCGUUUUGUAAUGUUCCUUGGUGAAAUUUGUUUUCGCAGAAUGUCAUAACAUUUAAAAUUGGUUUGUUUUUUAUUGAAUUUGUUUUACUUUCAUUGGGUUUACAAACUUCAUGGUGUUGUUUCACUUAUUUUGUUAUUAGCUUGUUACUGUUAAGUUGUCUGCUUUCUGUCAGACGUGCUUAAAAUCUAAAGGGGAAAAUAAAAUUUCCAGAAAAAAUAAA